AGUCUGACUAUAAGUGCUCGUUUUUGAGUGAAGUUAUUGUGCAGCUGGAGUCCUUGGAUUGGAUUCCUUGGUUUAACAAUGUUCAAAGGACUGCUUUUGUUGUGUGUUUUGUUAGUUGCAAGUGCCCAGAAGAAGUCCGCACCAAGUUUCAAGGAUAUUCCAAUAGUGUCCCAUGAGAAUGUACUGGAAGUGGAUGGAAAAUUUAGAUACAGCUACGAAGGUGGUGAUGGAACGCGCGCUGCCCAGGAUGGGCAGCAAAUUGUUGUGAAUAAUAACGCUGGUACUGCAUCUCAAGGGCAGUUUACCUAUCAGGGCGAUGAUGGGAAAACGUACAGCGUGUCUUACACCGCCGACGAGAAUGGUUACCGACCUUCAGCAGAACACCUUCCAACACCGCCUCCCGUUCCAGCGCCGAUAGCGAGGGCAUUGGCAUUUCUUGCGACUUUGCCACCACAGAAGGAAAAUAAUAGGAAAUUUUAGAUGCCAUAAGAGUGAAGUGCAACAAAUCAUGCUGAAAGUAUAUCAAUUCCAUAUGCGUCAAAAGCUUUGGAAGAAGCUUCAAAAAAGUAGAAAAUACAAUAAACGUUUAUAACAAAUUUUCAUUUCAUUCAAAACAUUGUGCUCCAUGAAACAUACAUGCAUCAAUUCAUUUAAAUAAAUGAUAAUUUUGUAAAUAAUCUCCGGUUAUCGAUCAUCUUCGGUCAUACUUUGCUACUAAUGCUGCUAAACUGAAACCGAUGAAAACCAAACGUUCAAUUGCUAGUGGAAAUGUUCCUUACAUUGUUAUUCUUAAUUAAACUUUUUAAUUUAACUUUUACAGAAUAGAUAUAAUGGCAUCAAAAAUGUGUUAUCGAGACUACGCACAUUUCGAACGGUUUUCAAAUCAUUGGUUCAAGUACUUUAAACAGUUUUAUUUUUACAUUCGCCAAAUCAUGCCCAGAAAAGGGCAUAAAGGUUAUAGUUUACGUUUUGAUUGAUUGUAGGAAUCGG